AUUGAGUGACAGCAAAUUGAUCCUUAAAUUUCCUCAUUUGAAAUUGAAACCAGAAACGUUGACCUAAUUAAAUCACCUUUUUCAUAAGCCCCGGUGUCAUAUUUCACUAAGUACAGAAGGUUGCAAUGGAAGUGAGCAACAAAUACAUAACAAUAAAGACUCAAAUAGAACGGGCACCAAAAGAGACCGACUUCGAGCUGAAGACUGCAGCCAUUACUCUAUCAAUUGAGCCUGGAUCCAAUGAUGUAAUUGUGAAAAGUCUCUAUGUGUCAAUUGAUCCUUAUCAGCUUAACCGCAUGAAGGGUUAUAGCUCAUCACACAAAGCAACAGCAGUUGCUGCGGCACCCAUUACUCCGGCUGAAGCCAUUGAUGCUUUCGGUGUGGCGAAAGUUGUUGUUUCUGGGAAUCCUGAAUUCCAAAAAGAUGAAUUGGUAGUUGGGUCGAUCAGCUGGGGAGAGUAUAAACUUGUCAAAGGAGGUGACAGGUUUAGGAAAUUGGACCCCAUGGGAUUUCCCUUGUCUUACCAUGCUGGAAUGUUGGGAUAUAGUGGACUUGCAGCCUAUUCCGGAUUUUUCGAAAUCUGCAAGCCCAGAAAGGGGGAGAAAGUUUUUGUUUCUGGUGCAUCUGGAUCAGUUGGAAACUUAGUGGGACAGUUUGCCAAGCUGCUUGGUUGUUACUUGGUUGGCAGCGUUGGAAACAAUGAAAAGGUAGCAAUAUUAAAGAAGAAGCUUGGCUUUGAUGAUGCAUUUAACUACAAGGAAGAACCUGACUAUAAGGCUGCUCUGAAAAGGUAUUUCCCUGAUGGGAUUGAUAUAUAUUUUGACAAUGUGGGAGGAGAGAUGCUUGAAGCAGCGGUUGCGAACAUGAACUUACUUGGUAGAGUGGCUGCUUGUGGGGCGAUUGCUGAGUACACAGAUGCUACCAAAAGGGCUGCUCCCAGUAUGUUAGAUGUUGUGUACAAGAGGAUCAAAAUCCAGGGAUUUUUAAUUUCGGAUCACAUGAAUUUGUAUGCUGAUUUCAUUUCCAUGGCUUCUGAACACCUCCUGAAUGGCAAAAUCCAGCCACUGGAAGACAUAUCAAAUGGUGUGGAAAGCAUUCCCUCGGCUUUCAUUGAACUCUUUCAGGGUGAUAACAUUGGAAAGAAGAUUGUUCGUAUUGCAGAAGAUUGAAGAGAAAGAUAACAACUUAUUUCUAUUUAUUUACCUUUAAUUUAAAAUCAUCUGAGCAGAUAAUUUGUGUUUGUGUGUGUAUUUUUAUUGUUAAUAUGAACUCACCCCUGUAUCAACCAAGGUACCAAAUUUCUUUAUAAGACAACAGAAAUGUGCUGCCAA